AUGGCUCAAAAUUAUCAACAAGUACAACAAAUAACAGAUCGACGACAAUCAACAGCAUUGCCUAUUUUCUUCCGAGAAGAACAUGAUCGUCGUGUAAGUCUGUGUAUUAAUGCUCAACAUCGAUUAUCGACUGUAUCACAAAUAUAUUUGCCAAACGGCACUGAAUAUCAUCCGCAAUUACUACUUCCACCCAAUGGUCUUGAUGCACCUCAACAACUUUUUUUGACGGAAACAACUGAACAAGAUAAUGAAACUAUGCAAAGACGUCGAAUAUCAAUAAUACCUCAAAAAUAUCCACCACUACAGGAAACUAUUAACGAAGAGGAUGUGCCCGAAUUCAAUCAAGAACCAAACAGUCAACGCCGACGUAUAUUUUUAUUCUUCGCCCAGCCAAUUGUCAGUGGUUUACUUGUACUUCCAAUUCUUGUUCUUUUCUGGCAAUGUGGUUGGAAUUUAACGUUGAUUGUUUUGAAUCGUUUAAAUAGUUUUGCGUCGGCAUUACAUUUGAAAAAAAUUGAUUUAGAAGAAUAUGCUGAUUAUUCACGACGGUCUUUAUUAAUUGUAUAUACGAUUGCACAGAUUUGUCUACUCAUGUUUUAUCUUGCUCAAGAUUUUCUCUUUAACUUUCUAAAUGGACGACAUUGGUUUCUACGAAAUAUUCUAUUGAAACUGCAUAUUCUUGGAUUAGCAUCAAUUUAUAUCAUUCAAUGGGUAAUUCUAUGGACUUUUUGGGAUCAGUAUACACCCCAUGAAUGUUAUUUUGAAUUGACACUUUCAUUUUCAUCAAUCUUUGCAUUGAUUGUAUUUACUGGACAUUUAUCUGAUUUAAUCUGUGCACCGUUUCUAAUGAGUUAUGAUUCAAUUGAAUAUUGUUUACAAUUUGGUUGUCCACUUCUAACAAGACAGCUUUUCUACAGACAUCAUCAUCAACAAAUGGACCAUUAA